CUUUACCUCCCCGUCACCGCCCGAAUUUGCUUACUCGCAUCACAUCGCAACGCAACACAACCAACCGCAGCCACGAUCAAAAGCAAGAGCCAGUGUCACACCACCCGCUAGUAUAGUAGCAGCAAUCGCCAUAGAACUACUGCCAGCAACAGCAGCCUCGCUUGUGUGGCGCAACGCAAGUAACGAUGCCGUCGUUGUAAAUUUGCGUACAUAGCGUCGAAGACGAGCCGUCUGCCAGGAAACAGUCUGAAACCCCGCUCGUCGUAAUACAAGCCCGCCCGUCAGCCGUCACGCGCACCCCGCCAGCAUCUAUCCACUUAAAGUUUCGGUAACUGUGGCUGCUGAGCCCAAGAUUCCUACUUUUAGGACGUCGCAAAACACGCUCCUUAGCAGCGGGGAGGGAAGCGACAUUGGAGUCGUCGGAUAAUCGCGAUGGCGGCGGCGGCACCACGGCGACGAUUCGUGGGAUUCUGUCGCACUGCGACUCGCAAGAGAAUGACGAUCGCUAGUACCUUGACGAUCUGCGGUAUUCUCGCCGUGAUAACCGGCCUGACGUCGAGCACCCCUGUGACGGCAUGGUCAGUCACAGGGCACCACCCCGCCUCAAUGGGGCAUCACCCGUCAGGCGUGGGCCAUCAUCACCACACCAGCGGCCUGCAAAGCCACCCUUUUAGUCAACUCCCCUCUCAAUACGGUCACAAUCCGUUUAGCAAUGGCGAUGGUUACAAUCACAACCUGUACAGUCACGGCGACGGUUACGAUAACGACCGCGACCUGUAUCGGCAAGUCUCCUCCCUGCAGCGGCAGCGGCAAGAGGAGGACAGCCAGCCUCCGCCGCUCUUCGCUGCUGUGGCUGCCGCUGCUGCGUCAGGCAGACCUGCUCUCCUGGAUAUCCCUCUCAAACCUCCUGCUGUCUUUGCUACAACUGCUGCUACCGAAACCGCUGCUACAGCCGGAGCAGCAGAGGGGGCGCAAGGCAGGAGGAGGAGAACAGUCAUCAUCGGGCCGGUCUCCCUGCAACGAGCCGCUGCAGCCGCUGGGGUCCAGGCCGCCGCCAAACGGCCCAAGGGCCCCUGCACCUCCCUGAAAAAAGUCUUCAUAAUUAAUGUCACCUCGGCCGCUGACAUCGGCGCCCGGACCUCCCUCCCCCCGACCACCACCGUCAUUCUGUAUCUGAGAAACGACCUGACUCUUCCGAAGGGGGCGUGGUUUCGGCGGGUGCACUCGUGCACGAUCCUGAUGUCAGCAAGUUGGCCCGGUUACACGAUCACGGGUGGUAACCCUAUGUACCCGGUGAUCCGCGUGUGGAACGUGAAUAACUUCGUGUCGAUGAACGUGAACUACAAGCUGCCCGUGUCGGAGAGCAGCCCCGAAUGCACCAACGUGCCCGAGCUCGGCGCAGGGGUCACGUGCCCUGCGAUUUCAAUCUACAAGUCGUACGGAGUGCAGAUUGGAAAGGGAUCAAUCUUCGGCAGAGUGGACGUGCUGAGGAGCAUGGGCGUGCGGCUAGACUCCCUCAAGGUCACCGGAGUGGCUUCUUUUGACAAGUCCCCUGGGGUGAUCCGUGUGGCGCUCUCUGGCUACGGCCCCACCCUCCUGCGAUCCAACAUCGUCAUUUCCAACAAUGAGGUGUAUGGAGUCAACACCCCCAUUGUCCUGCACAGGGGGGCAGUCGGCGUAACCGUGGCCAACAACUAUGUGCAUGACUACAUAUUCGCGGGCAUUCGCUGCGGCGCCGACGUGCACUACAGCGGCGACUGCAUGCUGACGCGCAUCAACUCCAACCUUGUGAUUUCCUCGGGGCGAAACCUCAACGGGGAUUAUGAUUCCGCGGGCAUCUACUACUGCACUCACUGGUUCAACCCUGGGAACUCCGCGCUCUGCAACUAUGUGUUUAACGGGGAUCACUGCUACUAUCUGGAUUACUGCACGUCGGGCGUGCUUGUGAGAGGCGGCGCGUGCGUCAACACGUACGACGGCAUGAAAGUGAAUAAUGGGAAGAGGUGAGGCAUGCGGCAUGGGGCAUCAGGACGAAUUUCAGCCCCAGGAAUGUGAUAGUUUUGAGGAGCCUCAAAAUGUGGUAUAGC